CGUGUCAAGCGGAAACUUGUAAAUCAUUUUGAGCUGUGUUUUAAGUCGAAUAAUUAGUUUGAAUAACAUAUUUAUUAAUAUUGUCUUGCCAAAAGGAUACGGCACAGAAAACAAAAGACUCAGGCAACGAACGUGCGCCACAAUGACGACACACCACACAAAAGAAGCAAUGACGGCGCUUUGGCUGCUGUUCAGCGUACUGUUAAUAUCACAGGUUGCCACACAGGAACCGCCAGCAGCGCCCAGUGAGUUUGCGCCCCAUGUGACAGCCACUUGCAAGGCGGGCACCAUGAACAUCAAGGUGAAGUUCAGUUCCGGCUACACGGGAGCGGUCCAUGUGCGGGAUCAUCGCACACAGUCCUGCAUGGCCAUGGGCGAUGGCAGCGACUCGGUUGCAUUCAGCCUCAAUCUUUGGGCCAAGCAGGGAUCGAGCGACUAUUGUGGCAUCUUGGUCAGCAACGUGAGUGGAAGCAAUCGCACGGAGGAACGUUCAAUUCAGUUGGCAGUGCGUGUGCAUAAGACUCUUGAACUGGCGGAUGAUAAAUUUUACGUGAUUACCUGUGGCAAAUCGGGAUACACUCGCGAUGACAAUGCUCACAUUGUGCUCAAAUUUCUGGAAAACGAUCAUCGGGUGCGUGAGACGGUCCAAGGACAUAAGUAUAAGAUUCGUGCCGAGUUCACCAAGGCGAAUGAUACCUAUGGUCUGCGCGUGGGCAGUUGCUUUGCCUUUGACAAAAAGAACGAGACCAUCAAGAUGACAGAUGAUCGCGGCUGUCCCUACGAUCGAAGUCUGAUGAGUCGAUUUGUUCCCACUGCCGAUGGACGUGCGGCCGAGGCAACAGUGGACUCCAUGUUCAAGUUCCCCGAAGGAUCUGAGCUUCAUCUGCAAUGUGACGUCAUACAGUGUUUUGGUCGUUGUGUUGAGAUUGACGAUUGCAAUGAGGUGGCCACGGCUGGCUUUACCAAGGGUGGUCCCCGCCAGAUUGGAACCAAUGAGGAAGGCUCCAGCAUUGCGGGUACAACCGUAUUCGUUUUCGAUCCUGCCGAAGCUCAAUUAAUCUCAUCUACCUGCGAUGAUGGUGUACGACCCAGUUGGCUGCUGUGGCUGGCCAUAACCCUGGGUGUUCUGUUCCUCAUCAUGUUGCUGAUGAAUAUUUUCCUCUGCACUGCCAUGAGUUGUAGUUGUGCCAAUACAGAGAUCAUUGAAAAGGAGCCCUCUAUAAUCGAGGAGUACGAUCCUUAUCGCAGCUGGCAUGGCAGUCAGUAUGGUUCCCGUUAUUCGCUACAUGGACGCGAUGCGCACAAGGGUUAUACUAGCGGCGGCUCGACGAUACACUCAAAUAGGUCUAUACCAAUUGAUAACGAUUAUGCAAUUGUACAUUCACGACCCGGCUCUAGACAUUCCUCCACGUUGCAUGGACAGCGUGCCCAUCGCGGACCGCCCAGUAAUAUAUAAAAAUAUUUACAAUUAAUUCAUAAGUCCAAUGUGACAGUUUUAUUGUUUAACAUAGUUUAACUUUUAUGAAUAGUUUUAUUCUCUCCAUCUUCUCAAUUAAGUCUCAAAUGUAUAUAACUAAAAGUGUUCUUUUCAAUUUUUUCCAAAUUCUUUGAUGGAAAUAAGCUUAAACCCGAUUCCGCUGUAAAAUACUAAAUGGAAAACAAAAAAAAAACUUAUACUAUAAAUUUAUUAAAGUCUACCUAAUAUUAAAAUAAUAACAACUAAACAUAAGUCAUUAGUAUGUCAUAAGCUUGAACGAAUGUGUACGAGCAUUAAGGAAAUGUUUCAACUUAAUGUAAAAACUGAGAAACAUAAUCACUAAA